AUGCAAAAAAAAUGUCCAUAAAGUGGUUGAUGAUUUUAGCCACUGUAUUGUCAGCUUCUAGUCACCAAAGUGGAAGUUAGAUUUGAGCUUCCAGGAAAGCCACCUUUUGGGUAUUCAAAUUCAGAGGGAAGUGAGAGUCUGGGAAUUCGUUUCUCGUAUCAAAAACCAUUCUUUUGAGCUCAAUAUCAGGUAUUAGACUUUCACUCUCUGGUUCAGAAGUCCAUAGAUUGUAUGCAGCUGUCAUUUUCGUUUUUGUGUGUGUAUGAUUAAUUGUCUUCUCUUUGAUAAGAGUUUUGGAACCUGCUGGGAUGAUGUUCAUUUAGAUUGUGAGAGAAAAUUGAAAAACCCGAGUUUCUUUUUGAGAUUGCGGGGACUAUUUUAAGUUUUGAGAUUUGGGUUUUCAAGUAUAUGAAGUGUUAAUUAUUAGGAUGUGCUUGGAUGCCUGUGGAUUCACGCUUGAUCAUGUUGAAACUGCGAUUUUCGGGGCUUUGAAAUCCAAGAAUCAAGACUUCAGGGGUGAAGGAAGUUCUCUUUUAUUGUAAUGUGCUGAUUUUUUAUUGGCGCUUUGUGUAUGAUUAUGGAUAAACAGGAAUAAUUUCUGGUUUUCUAAUUCAAACAAUCAGGAUUUCAAUUUCUAGGGAAGGGAUUACUUUCUUAAAAUUUAUUUACAAUUCAGUGGAGGAUUGUGUUUGAUCAUGGAGAAACAGAGUAGUUUUAAGGUACGGACAAUGGAGAAACAGCAAAGUUUUAAACAGAAAGUGAUGGAAAAACACCCUAGUUUUCAUGGUGGAACAGAAAAUCAUUCCACUUCCCGUGGAGUAAUGGAAAAGCAUCCAAGCUUUCGUGGGGCACUCGAGAAACAAAAGAGUUUUCGUGGGUUUGUGGAGAAACAGAAGAAUUUUCGGGCUGUGAUGGAGAGGCAGCUUAGUUUUAUUGGUGGUGGUGAGAGGAAGAAGAGUAAGGAGUCACCUGGAAAGCGAGGUGACUCACAGAUUCAUUUAGAUGCUCGAGCAGGGAAUUUGAGUAGAGUUAGGGAGAUUCUUCAGAACUGUGAUGGUAAUGAUGCAAAGUUUUUGUUGGCCCUUCAGAAUCAUGAAGGAGAAACUCCCCUCUAUGCAGCAGCAGAGAAUGGGCAUGCGGCAGUGGUUGCAGAAAUGUUGGGAUACAUGGACCUGGAGAUUGCAUCUGUUGCAGCAAGGAAUGGGUUUGAUUCAUUCCACAUUGCAGCAAAGCAGGGUCAUUUGGAGGUGUUGAAGGAACUUUUGCGUGGAUUUCCCAACUUGGCCAUGACGACAGAUUUAACCUGUACAACUGCCUUGCACACAGCUGCCACACAAGGUCAUGUUGAUGUGGUCAAUCUCCUUCUGGAAACAGAUUCAAAUCUAGUUAAAAUUGCUCGGAACAAUGGUAAAACUGCUCUGCAUUCAGCUGCAAGGAUGGGGCACGUUGAAGUUUUGAGAUCCUUAUUAGGCAAGGAUCCAAGCACAGGCCUUAGAACUGAUAAAAAAGGACAAACUGCACUGCACAUGGCAGUAAAAGGGCAAAACGAGGAAAUUGUACGGGAAUUGUUAAAACCUGACCCCUCUGUUUUGAUUUUGGAGGAUAAUAAAGGAAAUACAGUGUUGCAUAUUGCAGCAAAGAAGGGCCGGACACAGAACGUACGUUGCUUGUUAUCAGUUGAGGGUAUCAAUGUCAAUGUAACUAACAAGGCUGGAGAGACCGCACUUGACAUUGCAGAAAAACUUCACACUCCAGAACUUGUGUCCAUUUUGAAGGCAGCAGGGGCUGUGAAUUCUAAAGAUCUUGGAAAACCACCAAAUCCAGCAAAGCAACUUAAGCAGACUGUCAGUGACAUAAAACAUGAUGUUCAAACCCAGCUUCAGCAGACCCGUCAAACGGGUGUCAGAGUGCAGAAGAUUGCAAAGAGGUUGAAGAAACUCCAUAUUAGCGGCUUGAACAAUGCUAUAAACUCAUCAACUGUUGUUGCUGUGCUCAUAGCCACAGUCGCUUUUGCAGCCAUUUUCACUGUCCCAGGACAAUAUGUUGAGGAUAAAGAAGUAGGAACAUCUCUUGGUCAAGCCCAUAUAGCAAAAAAUCCAGCUUUCCUAGUCUUUUUUGUGUUUGAUAGCCUGGCAUUAUUCAUCUCUCUAGCUGUCGUCGUAGUCCAAACAUCUGUUGUCGUGAUUGAACAGAAGGCAAAGAAGCAGCUUGUGUUUGUUAUUAACAAGCUCAUGUGGCUGGCUUGCCUCUUCAUUUCAAUUGCCUUUGUUUCUCUAACUUAUGUGGUGGUGGGUCAGAAGUCGAGGUGGCUUGCUAUUUAUGCAACAGUAAUUGGUGGUUCAAUCAUGCUUACUACGAUUGGCUCCAUGUGCUAUUGUGUGAUUUUGCAUAGAAUGGAGGAGUCGAGGUUGAGGAGUAUAAGGAGGGAGAGUCGAUCCCGUUCAUACUCUAUGUCUAUGGUAUCAGACCAGGAGAUUUUGGACAGUGAAUAUAAGAGGAUGUAUGCAUUGUAAGGAUGAAGAGAAAUGGAUCAACAACGAAUAGCUGACCUAUUAUUCUUGUCUAUAUUAUGAAAAUAGCUAUAUGAAGCUAAUGAUCUUAAUGGUAAUGAAGCUUUCUUGCAAGUUGAGAUGAGGUGCUGCAUAACUGGACUAAUAUGAGAGGAAGUACUCUGGUUCAGCAUUUGAAAGUUACCCGUUAACAUGAUCAUCCUCGCUAUAGUUGCAGAUGUGAUUAAAGUCCAAAAGUGGGCAGAGGGUGUUGACAACUGAUGUCAGGUUGGAUUAUAUUUUUUAUGCAUGAGAAAAUGCAGUAGUGAAAUUUUUCUUUUUUUAAUAAGCAAAAUAUUUUAUUAUGAUUAAAGGUUCGGAAAAACUUAGCAUGAUAACAUUUUCUAGACUCUGGUCACUAGACCAUCCUUGCCUAAAGUGGAAUUCAUUCACACAUCAAUCCGGGACCA